AUGUCGUCCGACGCGGACGACGACAACGGCGACCCUCGCGACGCGCGCGACCUCUUCAAGUGGCUCUCGCGCGAGGUCCGCGACCUGAGCUGCGCGCGCGCCGUCCCUCGCGUCGACGGCAGCGGCGGCGUCGACGCCCUCGCCUUCCUCCGAGACCACGUCGCGCGCAAUUCCCCGUGCGUGAUAUCGAACGCGAUAGACCACUGGCCCGCGCUGACGCGAUGGAAGGACCCGUCGUACCUCGCGGACGUCAUGGGCGACGCGGUCGUGAGCGUGAACGUGACGCCGAACGGCCGCGGGGACGCGCUGCUGGACACGGACGGCUGGCGCGUGUUCGUCGCGCCCGAGGAGCGCCGCGAAACCUUCCGCGACUUCCUCCGCGAGCUGAACGACGAUUCGCGUCGUCGCGGCGACGAUUCGCAUCCCCCCGUGGUGCGUUACAUCUCGAAGCAGUGCGGCAGCCUCCUGGACGAGUUCCCCGCGUUGACGCGCGACUGCGAGCGCGAACUCGAGUGGGCGACGGCCGCCUUCGGCGCGCCCCCCGACGCGGUCAACCUCUGGUGCGGCGACGACCGCGCGGUGACGACGUUCCACAAGGACCACUACGAGAACGUGUACUGCGUCGUGACCGGGACGAAGACGUUCGCGCUGUUGCCCCCGUGCGACGGCGCGCGGUUGAAGCCUCGCGAGGCGCCGGCGGCGACGUUCGAGGACGCCCCGCGAAACCGAUUCGCGUUGCGUCUGGAGCGGCCCGCGCGAAGCGUCGCGUGGUCCUCCGUCGACGUCGACGACCUCGCGCGCGACGGGUACCCGCCGCCUCUUCUCGUCGACGUCCACGCCGGGGAGAUUCUGUACCUCCCCGCGCUGUGGCAUCACCGCGUGUCGCAGCGUCGCGGGAAGGACGGGGAGCCGUGCGCGGCAGUGAAUUUUUGGCACGACAUGGCGUUCGACGAUCGACACGCGUGCGCGCGGUUUCUCGACGAAGCGCGCGCGCGGUUCGAGGUCGCGACCGACCCGACGGAGACGUCCAGCGAUUAG